UUCCGGUGCACCGGCGCGAUGAGGCGCGCUGGGAGUCGACUCUGACAGCCCGGGAGUGGCUCCUGGUUACCUGUCCUGUAGUUCCUGCAGCCCCGGGAAGUUUCAGGCCACCUCGGCCCAGCGGCUGGGCAGGAUGCGGCUGGGCUCCGGGGCCUUCGCUGCCUGCUGCGUCGCGAUCGAGGUGAUCGGGGUCGCGAUAUUUAUUCGAGGAUUCUUCCCUGCUCCUGUUCGUUCUGCCAGACCAGAGCACGGUGUAGAAAUCCCGGCGCCCGAGCCUGUAGCAGGAGCCAGUUCGAACUGGACCAAGCUGCCAUCUCCUCUCUUCAGUAAAGUUGUUAUUGUGCUGAUAGAUGCCUUAAGAGAUGAUUUUGUGUUUGGCGCCAAAGGCGUGAAGUAUAUGCCCUACACAACUUACCUGGUGGAAAAAGGAGCAUCUCAUAGUUUUGUGGCCGAGGCAAAGCCACCCACAGUUACGAUGCCUCGAAUCAAGGCAUUGAUGACAGGGAGUCUCCCUGGCUUUGUUGAUGUCAUCAGGAACCUCAAUUCUCCUGUGCUCCUAGAAGAUAAUGUGAUAAGACAGGCCAAAGCUGCUGGGAAAAGAAUGAUCUUUUAUGGAGAUGAAACAUGGCUUAAAUUAUUCCCAAAGCAUUUUGUGGAGUAUGAUGGGACAACAUCAUUCUUUGUGUCAGAUUAUACAGAGGUGGAUAAUAACAUCACAAGACAUUUGGAUAAAGUAUUGAAAAGAGGAGACUGGGAUGUGUUGAUCCUUCACUAUCUAGGCCUAGAUCACAUUGGCCACAUUUCUGGGCCCAACAGCCCCCUGAUUGGUCACAAGCUCAGCGAAAUGGAUAGUAUCCUGAUGAAGAUUCACACUUCACUGUUGUCAAAGGAGAGAGAGACUCUCUUACCCAGUUUGCUGGUUCUCUGUGGUGAUCAUGGGAUGUCUGAGACAGGGAGCCAUGGGGCCUCUUCCACAGAGGAAGUAAGCACACCUCUGAUCUUAAUCAGCUCUGCAUUUGAAAGGAAACCUGGGGAUGUCCGACACCCAAAGCAUGUCCAGCAGACUGACUUGGCUGCCACACUAGCGAUUGGACUUGGUUUGCCGAUUCCUAAAGACAGUGUAGGGAGCCUCUUAUUUCCAGUCAUAGAAGGAAAAUCCAUGCGAGAACAACUGAGAUUCUUACACUUAAACACAUUACAACUUAGCAAACUAUUGCAAGAAAAUGUACCAUCAUAUGAAAAAGAUCCUGGAUUUGAGCAGUUUAAAAUGGCAGAAAGGUUGCAUGGAAAUUGGGUCAAGCUACACUUGGAAGAAAACCAUUCAGACAUCCUGCUUGGCCUGGGGACCAAAGUACUCAGGCAGUACCUGGGUGCCCUGAAGACCCUGAGCCUGUCUCUGAGCACACAGGUGGCUCACUAUGACAUCUACUCCAUGGCAGUAGGGACUGUCGUGGUUUUGGAGGUUCUCACCCUGUUCCUCCUUAGCACCCCACAUGUGCUGUGCAGGAAGGAUGAGCUGGAUGUUCCCCUGUUGUCUCCUGUGUUUUCCCUGCUCUUUUAUUUGGUAUUUCUGGUUCUUUCGGCUAUUCAUGUCCUGGUAUGCACCUCGUCUGAGAGCUCAUGCUACCUCUGCAGCCUCCCGUGGCUGGCGGCAGGGGGUGUGAUGGUGCUUGUGUCUGCACUGCUCUGUGUGAUUCUGUCUGCUCUUAUCAGGAUGGUCGUCGAUGGCACUCUGCUGAAGAAGAGUGCAUCUCAUCCCAGCUCAGAAUGGUCAGAAGUGGAUCUCCUCCUUCUUCUGGGCACAGUGGGCCAUGUCCUGAGCCUGGGAGCCAGCAGCUUUGUGGAGGAAGAACAUCAGACCUGGUACUUCCUUGUUAACACUCUGUGCCUGGCUCUGAGUCAGGAAACCUGUAGGAGUUACUUUGUGGGAGAUGACUGUGAACCUCAACAUCACUUCCAUGUUGAACAAGGAUGUGUGGACAUACUUGCUUGUACCCGGAAGGACAGCACAAGCUAUAGUACGUUUGAGCCUGACAGAAAGGGUAAAGGGGUCUCCCUUUCUGAAACAAAAGGAAGCUGCAAAUGGUGGGCAGUGCUGGCAAGUCCAUGGCUGGUGCUGAUUUGCUGCCGGCUGCUGAGGUCCUUGAACCAGACAGGGGUGCAGGGAGCCCACCGGCCCGACUUCAGCCACUGGCUUACCAGUUCUGAUCACAAAGCUCAACUCUCAGGCCUGGCUGCCCUUUCCCUGGUUGUGAUCUUCAUGCUGGUUCAAAAGGGAUGCUCCCUUGUAUCCAAGGCAGCCUUAGCACUGGGGCUGCUGGGUGUCUUCUGCUACAGGGCAGCCACUGGGAUUGUGCUGUUUCCAUGGCAACCAGACAACAAAAGCAUUUCAAAGGGCAUUAUUGAAGCUCGUUUUGUUUAUGUAUUUGUCCUUGGCAUUCUGUUCACGGGUACCAAAGAUUUACUUAAAGCACAAGUCAUUGCAACAGACUUCAAAACCAGAACUGUAGGUCUGUGGGAGAUACAUAGUGGAUUGGUUCUCCUGGCAGCAUUGCUCUUGAGACCACACAAUCUUCCAGUGUUAGCAUUUAGCCUCUUGGUUCAGACUAUAAUGACUAAGUUCAUCUGGAAACACCUGAGACAUGAUGCAGCCAAGAUCACUGUAAUGCAUUAUUGGUUUGGUCAAGCAUUCUUCUAUUUUCAGGGUAACUCAAACAACAUUGCCACCAUUGACAUUUCAGCAGGCUUUGUGGGCUUAGAUACCUACAUGGAAAUUCCAGCCACAUUCCUCACGGUGUUUGGAACAUAUGUGGGACCUGUGCUCUGGGCCAGCCACCUCGUGCACUUCCUGAGCUCGGAAACAAACAAUGGUUCAGCACUAAGCCGGGCUUGCUUCUGCUAUGCAUUGAUUGGCUCUGUUCCAGUCGCCACGUACAUUGUCCUGGUGACGUCUCUGCGCUAUCACUUGUUCAUAUGGAGUGUGUUUUCCCCAAAGCUUCUCUACGAAGGGAUGCAUCUGCUCAUCACGGCUGCCCUCUGUGCGGUAUUCACCGCCACUAACCAGACUCGCCACACAAGGGCUUAGGCGGAGACAGACACUUGGAGCCGAUGUACUUUUUAGUCACUGUUCAUAUCAUGGAUUUGAAUGUUGAAACUGCCUCCAUUCAAGAUUAUUCUGAGGGGGAAAAUAUGUGAAGCCGAGAUUAGUGAAUAACUUAAUUUUACUUGGAUUGAAAUUAUAUAGCAGAUUAAUAAAAGAUCACUUUAAAUACUUAAGUAUCAAAUUUUUUCUAUUACAAUUACUCUGAGAUUUUAAUUUCCUCUGGGUGAGUUGUGACUAUAUAUGUUUAAACUGAUAGAAGCAAAAGUUCUGACUUUAUGAGUAUGUGUAUUAAUCUCAGCUUAUGGGAAGAGGUGUGCCUGCUACAGGGGCCUACAUCAAAGAUCUCACAUUCCUAAGAGCUCUUAAAUCAGAGGUCUCCAAAAUGUUACAGCUCAUGUGAAUUAUAUUUAUCAAUGUUGACAACAUUUGAAAUGAAGACUAAAUCAUUUUAAAAAUAUUAUUCAUUUAAAAAUAAUCUGUUGGUGGACAAGGUGGAACAUAGUUGCAUAAUGCCAGUACUUAAGAAGGAAAAAUCAAAAAUAUUAUGAUUUUCAGACUGCUUGGGCUACACAGCAUUCUUGUCUCAACUCCCACCUCCCAUAAAAGCUGUUGUGUAUUAAUAUAACAAAAUAACUAUAUGUUCCAAAAAAAUUUUAAUGAGAAAAAUAGAAUUGUUUUUAUGUUUUUGCAGAUGUCUUAAAUGAUCCACUCAAUUGAAGAUAGUUGGAAUCUACAUUUGAUCUAUUGUAAUUUAUGUUUGAAAAAUAGGAAAACCAGGCUCACUCAAACCUGUGGUUGGAAAUGUGUGGAAUAUACUACCUCUUCUCUGUCAGCUUAAAUAUUGUGCUUUGAUACCAAAACAAAAAUUGGCAAGUGGUAUGUAGGGUUUGUUGUUGUUAUUUGAGACAGGAUCUCUGUAGCCCAAGUUGGCCUCAAAUUUUUGAUCCUACCUUAGCCUCCCAAUUGUUUGGAUUACUGUGCCUGGUUUCAGAUGUUAGCUCUUCCAAGUCAGUAGGACUAAAAUGGGGGAAGGGAGGUUGUCUGUGUAUGCAGAUUAAACUGAUGAUCUGGUUAGGGUCUUCUUUUUCACAGUUUAAAUAUAUUUCAGUCAUGUCAUCAUUUAACAGGCCUCUCCUUGAGCCGGUAGAAUUGUUUCUACAUCUGCGUGGACCCUGCUGACAAAAAACUGGCCUUCCAGGCAAGAUGCCUCUAAUAAGGAGUGGCGUGAAUGCUGUGGUGGUAACCAACCACGUUACGAUUGGAUUUGAAGCCUCUGCAUCGUGCCAGAGAGGUCAUAAGCUCUAAGACAAGAACUCACUCAUGUUUCGUACGAUGGACAUGCUAUCACACUGUCUUUUAAAUAGUUAUGCUUAUAUGCAGAGAUUAGGGCUGUUCACCACCUUGGUCAGAGAUGCUUCAAUUUUUACAGUGGAUAGUGGCUAAUGCAGAGAUGUAUAACUGCUCAAAAUAUGGAGGAUAGUUGACUGUUCAAUGCUCAGUCCUAAAUGGACCAUCUGUAACACACACACACACACACACACGAAUCAAGUGAUGUUGUGGAAGAACAAACAGAAAGAAUGCAAGGGCUGAGGAUGGGGAGAGUGUUGUGAAACUCCUUCUUCUGGAGCUCAUGAACCAUAGCAGUUGUGGUUACCUACCCAAGACCUGCACAAGAUUGAGCUCCUUGACAUUCUAACGUGGAUAGGGGAGGGGCACUUGAGUUACCACCCUUAGUUGGGGAGCUGUUGUCAGUUAAUGGAUGCUGAAGGAGGAGUCGUUUUUCUUUAGAGAGAUAGCUAUUAAUAAGUUGCCCAUGAUCUGGUAAAUAAACACAGAUGUAUAUAAGCAACACUAAUUAAACUGUGUUAUUAGCUGGAGUGGGAGAGAAGACAUGAACAGAGGGUGUGUUGGGAAAAAGAGUUCCAGAGAAAGUAGGGGGAGUAUGCGAAAGGGGGGCAGGGGAUAAAAAUGAUCAAAGUACAUUAUAUAGAUGUAUGAAAUUAUUAAAGACUAAAUGCAGUAUUUUAAAAGGGUGCAUUGGGUAAGUCUGUAUAAGUAUAUAUACUAAGGUAUAUAUAAUAUAGCUUGAAAGUAUAAAGGGGAAAAGAAAAUCCACAAUAUAUUUGCUUUUAUAAAAAAAUUUAUUAUAGUUUCACUAUCUAUUUUCUAGAAAAAACAAAUGAUAAUGAUUUUUUUGUUGUUUAGACAUUAAAAUGUCAUAGAUACUUCAAUAAAAAGGCUGCAUAACCCAUGACAUUAA